CUUUUGACCACCAAACACUCAUUUUCUAUAGAACGAACAACUCCGGGAGCUAGGUGGAUACAUCUGCUGUCCAAGGCUCCUCUCACCACACCAUUUGGGCAACAUCUUUGUCAUGUCUGCAAGAGGCGCGUUCCUUCGGCGUACAGUUCCUGCAAUCCAGAUCUAUGGCGCGAACACCGGAGUCGGCAAAACUGUGGUUUCGACGUUGCUGGCAAAAGCCAUGAAAACAGCUUACUGGCCGGCAAAAGAUGUAGUUUAUCUAAAGCCUGUGUCGACUGGCCCCGAAUCCGACCGCGAUGACAGAUAUGUACGUCGAUACGCUGGGAUCCGGACUAAAACACUUUUCCAAUUUGAUGAUCCCGUCAGCCCUCACAUUGCGGCUCGUAAGAAUGGCUUUGGGGCUCCGUCGGACGAUCUCGUGUGCGAUUCGGUUUCGAAGUUUAUGCACAAGGUGGCACCAGAGAAGGGUGCGAUCAUAGUCGAGACAGCUGGUGGUGUGCUAUCGCCAGGCCCAAGUGGGACUCCACAGGCCGACAUUUUUCGACCCCUUCGACUGCCUGUUGUUCUUGUUGGAGAUCAUCGACUCGGAGGGAUCGCAACAACACUGUCAGCUGCGGAGUCCCUCACUCUGCGGGGAUACGAUCUUGUUGCAGUCGUACUACCAACCGGAGACCUUGGUAACCACGAUUAUUUACGAACUAGCUUCCAUAAGCAGUGGCGUAUCCCUGUCUAUGACAUUCCUCUGAUUUCAGACUUUGAUCGGAGUGUGGUCGAGUUGCGGGUUCCACAAGGCUCAGAGAGUGUCCAACUGGAUGUCAAGUUGAAUGCCUAUUACAAGGCAAUAUCUAAAUCUCACAUGCCUGAUCUCGUUAAAAACAUCUGGUCAAAUCACUCCCGUUACUUGCAUGAUCUGGACGAAAUGCCUGCAAGAGCAGCAGAGUCAAUUUGGCAUCCUUUCACCCAACACAAAGAUCGGAAUGCUGCUGAAUUGCUUCCUCUUGAUUCUGCCCAUGGCGAUUUCUUCCAGGUCUAUAGGCCAUCACCUAAGCCCGAGGACAAGAGCGACAGCUCGCAAGCAGUAGCGAAGGUUGUCCCUCCAGAGCCUAAUAACUCCAGUCUUCAGUCGGCGUUUGAUGGCUCGGCAUCAUGGUGGACCCAAGGGCUCGGGCAUGGCAACCGGGACCUCGCGCUCGCUGCAGCCUACGCUGCUGGAAGAUAUGGUCACGUAAUGUUUGCAGGAGCUGUACACGAACCAGCGCUGACGCUUGCCACAAGGCUGAUACACCUCAUGGAUAGCGAUAAGAAAAGUAGGCUUCGGAAGGUCUUCUUUACCGAUGAUGGAAGCACGGGGAUCGAAGUCGGUAUCAAAAUGGCAUUAAAGGCAGCGUCAGUGCGUUAUGGAUGGGACGGCUCCUCCACGGACAUUGGCAUCAUAGGCCUCAAAGGCAGCUACCAUGGCGAUACUAUCGGUGCAAUGGAUUGCUCAGAGCCGUCAACAUACAACAAAAAGGUUGAGUGGUAUCGUGGCCGUGGCUACUGGUUCGAUUAUCCACAAGUCAAAAUGAAGAAAGGAAAAUGGACUGUCGAAGCUCCUGCUGGUAUGGAAGACGACUUUGGCUCUCUACAGCACUAUGAGAGUCUACAGGAGGUCUUCGAUCUUAAUAACAGGGACGCCAGCGUCUAUGAACGGUAUAUAACCGAGGUUUUGAAACGUCUAAUCCAAGACGAGGGACUGAAAUUCGGCGCGUUAGUUAUGGAACCCGUACUUCUCGGAGCUGGUGGUAUGAUUAUGGUGGAUCCGCUAUUCCAGCAAACACUCGCCAGAGUUAUCCGCACCUCUCCCAUCCUCGCUUCCAUGUCCGAAGACCCCCCCUCUGAGACGGACAGCGCUACUAAGAGUCCUCUCGAUUGGACUGGUCUCCCAGUUGUCUUCGAUGAAGUCUUCACUGGCAUGUACCGACUCGGCCGCUUCAGUUCCAGCUCCUUCCUCAACACUCAAGCCGACAUCUCCGUCCACGCCAAGCUGCUCACGGGCGGCUUGCUCCCCCUCUGCGUCACGCUGGCAAGCCAAAGCAUAUUUGACGCGUUUCUGAGCGACGAGAAAUCCGACGCGCUCCUCCAUGGCCAUAGUUACACCGCACAUGCUGUAGGCUGCCAUGUUGCUAACGUCUCCAUGACGAAGUUCACAGAUCUCCAUAGAAGUGAGAACUGGUUUCGGGCUGCCCUUGAUUGGGCCCCAACUGCUGGGGCCGAAAGUGGACGGCCGUGGCAACACGCAACCCAUGUAUGGAGCAUGUGGAGCAAGAAAUUCGUCGCCGACCUAUCGAAUAAGGAAUGCGUCGAAGGUGUUGUUGCGAUCGGCUCUGUGCUCGCGAUCACCCUCGUCGAUGAGUCUGGCUCGGGAUACAACUCCAACGCCGCAAUCAAGCUGCGCGACGCGUUGCUCGAACGGGGACCAUCUAAUCGAUUGGGCAUACAUUCCAGGGUUCUUGGCAAUGUUUUUUACCUCAUGGGAAGCUUGACUUCUACAAGUCACACCUUAAAUGAGGUAGAGAGCGCAGUGGCACAGCACAUUGAUCCCACCACAGGAUCUCACAAAACAGAUGUCGAUAUAGGCGAUGACCAAUAGGGCCAGAAUGUAAUGGAUAGACAUGACUGUACAUAAAAAGUGGGUAAGAAUCAUCACAGGCAACCACCUCAAAUCUAGAUGAGUGGACUUGAAAGAUAGAUUUGCAUUGCAUGAUUGCAUCCCACCAUUGCACAGAUGACUUCAGAACUUGUCCACAAUACCCAAUGCCUGCUUAAAGCCCUGCCCAUUCGAUAGAAAAGGUACGAAUACCAUCUUCUGCGCGGCGCCCAGAGCCCCUAUCAUUCAAGGCUUUAGUAGACGAAUCAGCCCCGCCAAUCAAGUAUGCCUUCUUAACCCCAGUGCCCAAUCUC